AUGGUCGCUUUCCCUCACAUCGGCGCUGGACCCUAUGGCACCAGCCGCAAAUCGCCCUAUACCAGCACAACUGAGACCCCCAAGCUCGAUGCAGCGGAAAUUGAGGAUAUUUUCCAAUCCAUGAACAACUCCCAAAAGCAGGUUGCAGUCACACCGAGCUCCUCUAGCCGUUUCCGAUGGUUCUCACGACACGCCACUAAGAAAUCCAACAGUGGCGGGAAGUCCGAGUCCAAGUAA